GGAAAAGAGAGGGGAGAAUAUGGCGAAGAAGCAGCAGGCCGUGGUUUCUGCAGCAUGGGAUAUCAGGACCAGCUUCCAAUCGCUUGUUGCCCUUCUCAUUGCCAUUCUAGUCGUUGCUGCUAUCUAUCUGAGACAAACCAAUGAACAACUCUUCGAGUCCGGGACUACACUUUCUGGUGGCAGCUUGACGUCAAGGUGCAAUUUGUUCUCAGGGAAAUGGGUUUAUGAUAAUGAAUCUUACCCUCUAUACAAAGAGAGAGAAUGCACGUUUAUGUCUGAUCAGUUAGCUUGUGAGAAGUUCGGGAGAAAGGACCUUAACUAUCGGUUCUGGAGAUGGCAACCUCACGAGUGUGACCUCCCUAGGUUCAAUGCCACAGCAUUGCUGGAGAGGCUUAGGAAUAAGAGGCUUGUUUUCGUCGGGGACUCGCUCAACAGAAACCAAUGGGUUUCCAUGGUCUGCCUGGUGGAUUCAGCCAUCCCUCCAGCCUUCAAAUCCAUGCAUAACAAUGGCUCCAUAAACAUUUUCAAGGCCACUGAAUACAAUGCAACAAUCGAGUUCUACUGGUCUCCAUUGCUGGUGGAAUCCAACUCGGAUGAUCCAGUGAACCAUCGAGUACCAAACCGGAUUGUCAGAGUCCAGGCGAUAGAAAAGCAUGCUAGGCAUUGGACAGAUGCUGACAUUCUCAUUUUCAAUACAUACCUUUGGUGGAGAAGACGCCAAAUGAAGGUCUUGUGGGGAUCUUUCGAAAACCCUGAAGAUGGGAUUUAUAAAGCAGUUAUGUUGCCAAGGGUAUACGAGAUGGCCCUACAGACAUGGGCACAAUGGUUGGAGGUUCACGUCAAUAGGAACACGACCCAGUUGUUCUUCAUGAGCAUGUCACCAACUCACCAAAAGGCCGACAAGUGGGGUGGAAUCCGAGGUGAAAAUUGUUACAGUGAAAAAGAACCGGUUAGCAAGGAAGGAUAUGUGGGAGACGGAGCCAGUCCAAGGAUGAUGCGUGUAGUCGAUAGCGUGCUUGGGGAGUUGAAAACCAGAGGGUUAAACGUCCACAUGAUGAACAUCACACAGCUAUCAGAUUACAGGAAAGAAGGUCACCCAUCGAUUUACAGGAAGCAUUGGGAAACAAUAACGGAAGAACAGUUAACGAACCCCAAAAACUAUUCAGAUUGUAUCCAUUGGUGCCUCCCUGGAGUGCCUGAUGUGUGGAACGAGCUGCUCUAUGCCUACAUUCUUCAACUUUGACAAUUCCUUUCCCCCAUCACCCCAAUGAAAUGGUUUUUGGCUGCAAUUUGGGAAGCUCGAGGUGGUGUCCUUGGGGCUCUGCCAUUCAGCAUGUCGGUGACACCUAGAUGGGGCAGAAAGAAACCCCAUUUCCCUUUGCUUGCAGUUCUUCUCCUGGUUUUCAUAGCUUGUUCGAUUCUCUACAACGAAUUCAGCAUUCAACAAAUCCAUGAAAGCCCGGAUCAUGCUCCUCACAGUCAAGAAUCUUCAUUUACUUAUGUAAAACCAAAUCUUCCAAAAGGAGCUUCAGAGGUUUUGGAUAGAUUCAGUAGUUGCAACACUACAAGGGACUACAGCGGGAAGAAAAUCCAGUGGGUUGACCCGGAUGCAAAAUCGGGUCGGCGAAGCAGGGUAAACCAAGAGAGCUGUGAUGUAUUCUCUGGAAAGUGGGUGUUUGAUAACACAUCGUAUCCACUUUACAAAGAGUCCGACUGUCCGUAUAUGUCGGACCAGUUGGCAUGUCAUAAGCAUGGGAGGUCUGAUUUGCAGUACCAGUAUUGGAGAUGGCAGCCUCAUAACUGCAAUUUGAAGAGAUGGAAUGCGACUGAAAUGUGGGAGAAGUUGAGAGGGAAGAGGCUAAUGUUCGUGGGGGAUUCUCUGAAUAGAGGUCAAUGGAUAUCAAUGGUGUGUUUGUUACAGUCAGUGAUCCCAGCAAAUAAGAGAUCCAUAACUCCUAAUGCUCAGCUUACCAUUUUCAGAGCAGAGGAAUAUAAUGCCACUGUUGAAUUUCUAUGGGCUCCACUUUUGGUUGAAUCUAAUUCUGAUGACCCAGUGAAUCACAGAUUAGCUGAACGAAUAAUCCGUCCUGAUUCAGUACUUAAGCAUUCAUCACGGUGGGAGCAUGCAGACAUACUAAUUUUUAACUCGUACUUGUGGUGGAGACAAGGCCCUGUUAAGCUGUUAUGGAGUGCUGAGGAAAAUGGAGCCUGUGAGGAACUCAAUGGGCUGGGAGCCAUGGAGUUGGCCAUGGGAGCUUGGGCAGACUGGGUAGCAUCUAAAGUCAUUCCCCUAAAGAAACGUGUCUUUUUUGUUACUAUGUCACCAACACAUUUCUGGAGUCAAGAGUGGGAAUCGGGAAGUGAUGGAAACUGCUAUAAUCAAAUGACACCAAUCACUCUGGAGGGCUACUGGGGGAGUGGUUCCGACUUGCCUACCAUGCGCAUGCUGGAUAAAGUGCUUUCCCGAUUGGGUUCAAAGGUAUCUGUUAUUAAUAUUACUCAGCUCUCAGAAUAUCGAAAAGAUGGGCACCCUUCCAUCUAUAGAAAAUUUUGGGAGACAUUGAGCCCCCAGCAAUUGGCAAACCCUGCAAGCUACUCUGAUUGCAUACACUGGUGCUUACCAGGUGUGCCUGAUGUGUGGAAUGAACUAAUAUUCCAUUUUUUGUAAAAAACAAAAUAAAAAAUUGAAAUUAUUUUAGUUGCUUUACAUACAGCAAAUAGGAAAAGGAAGUUUAAUUGUUAAUUCUUUUCCAUUCCUGGGAUGGGAAUGACAAACUGUAUUUGCACUGAAAGGAUUGCUUAUAACACCUGAAAUUAUAUUUCUUUUGUCUAAAA